AUAUGUUAAAAGCUACGACUAUUAUAAUUCUUAUUCUUUAAGAACAGAUGAUUAUUCUGUGAGAAAUAGGGCAUGGGGGAAAAAUUUUGUUAAACCAUUAGAUUUAAAUCAUCCGAUAACAAUUGGAGUUACAUUCAAGAAUUCAAAGCUUGAACGUAAUCAAAUUGAUUCACCAAUGACAACAUCACCAAAACAAAAUAAAUUUUCAAAACUUUGGGAGGAGGAAUUUAAUAAUAGGGAAUCAAAUGAUGUACAAUUUAAUGUAAAAGAUGGAGUAAUUUACGCUCGUAAAUCAAUAUUAUUAAGACGAUCAGAAUAUUUUCGUAGGUUAUUUCAAGGAAGUUGGAGUGAAACAAAUAAAUCAUUACAAAAAAAUAAGAAUAAUUCUCAUUAUGUUAUUAAUAUACCUGAUAUUUCUUAUGCGACAUUUAGGGAAAUGCUUAGAUAUCUUUAUACUGAUGAGAUAAGUUAUAAUAAUUUUAAUUGUACUCCUUUAGAAAUAUUUAAAAUUGCUGAUAAAUAUUUAAUAUCAAAUUUAAGGGAAUUUGCUAGAAUAGAGAUUAAUAAAACGCUUACACUAAAUAAUGUUAUGUAUGUUUUAUUUAGUGAAGCUUGGAAAUGGCCUGAUCUUAAGGAUGAUGUUAUUGAAUUUAUUAUAUUAAAUUUUGAUAAAGUUAGAGAAACUGCUGAAUAUAAAGAUUUAGUUUCAGAAUAUAAAAGUCAUCCUGCUGGGAUUGAAAUUAUGUAUGAAAUUGUUGGAAAAUUAAUACCAAGAAAAUAUAAUUACAUUGUAUCAUUUUAAGAUAGUUAUAAUAAUUUUAUAGACUUUUAAAAAAAUAUAUAUAUAUAUCAUAUGUUUCUGGAAAACAA